CUUAACAAAAUUUAAAUGAAGAUAAAAAUAAUGCAGAUUCACACUAAGUCAUCCUCUUAUGAUCAUCUUUUUCUCAUAAUUUUGUGACUCCAAAAAAAGGCGCUAAAGAUGGCAUCACAAAAUCAUUGAUUUAAAGCUGAUAUUUGAAGAAGACCAAAAAACUAUGUAGAUAUUUAUUGGCAUGGGCAUGGGGCCCCUAAAAGAGCAGGCCUGUAGCAUAUGCUACUUUUUCUAAUACGUUAAUCUGGUUCUGUAUGCACAAUUCUCAUAUUCCAAAAGCUUUUAAAGUUAAAUAAAAUUAUAAAUUCUUUUUCUACGAAUUUACAUUUAGAAAACAAAACUUAUAUAAAAAUUGCAACAUGGCUAUUUACAGAUAUCUGAAAGUAGCCACCUGCAACAAUGACAAGUCAGCAGAUUCCCCAGAAAAUGAAGGCUCUGGUGAAGCAGGUUGAAGGUCCAUCCUACUCUUAUGUUGAUAUGGACGUGCCGGAGCCCGGUGAAGGAGAGGUUUUGAUUCGUGUCGAUGCUGUUGCCAUAUGUGGCUCAGACAUUGCUCUUUACAACUGGGACAAUGUUGCCAGGUAAAUUAUCCAUCCGGUGAGGGUGUAUUCACUCAAGUGAAUCUAAUUUGUUGUUCUUAUCUUUAAUUGAGACUUAGUUGGGUUGACAAUGUUUAUCAAACCCUAUGAUAUUUUUGCCAGAUGAGAUACAGCACUCAAACUGCAAUGACAGCCAUACAAUGUACAUCACAUCACAAUCAAAAUGCUGAUUUCAACUAAUCAUUGUUAUUUACAAAGUACAUCUAAAACCGAUAGCCUGAAAUCUCUGUUUAAUUUAGUCAGUAGAGUUCAUGGUUUUCAGGAGUAAAAAUUUGAACAUUCUGAUUAUUAUUUUAUUACUCUACACACUUGUUGUAAUGCAUGUUAAUAAUAAACUCAAAAUUUUAAUUGUGAUUGUGUGCCUUCUGAUUGACAACCCUUCUUAUGCUGUAAAUAUAAUGUUAUAUAACAAUAUAAUACAGGCCUGCACAACAUGCCACAUAGUACCCACUUUGCAGUCCGCGAGGUAAAUAAAUAUUCUUUAUUCUUAUUAUUUUCUUAAAAAAUUUCCCCCCAUGACCUAUUUUCUUUUGGCCUGCACAAGUCCUGUCCUAUUUUCUUUUGGCCCGCUCAAGUUUUUCAUAAAGUAUUACCCCGCCUUACAUUUUGAGUUGUGCAGGCCUGGUAUAAUAGAUCCUAUUUGAUUUUUAUUGCUUUGAUAAACUGCAGAAAGAAUUUAUUUUCUGAGGCAUUAUUUCCUAUUUCCUUAGGGUUAUUGCCACAGUGCCAUUUAUUCCAGGCCAUGAAACAGCUGGAACUGUUGUCAAGUGUGGUCGAGAUACUAAAAUUCCUAUAGGAACUAAAGUUGGGGUAGAAAACCAUUUCUUUUGUGGUGUAUGCUAUCUGUGUAUAAAUGAAGAUGGCGCCAUUUGUCAGAACAUGGGGCAAUAUGGCCAUGGCAAGAAAACUCAACAUGGUGGCUGUUCAGAGUAUUCCAUCGUCCCUGAAAAAUAUCUUUACAAGCUGACUCGUGAUUUAGGUAAGUAAUAGAAUAGAAAAUUAUGAUUAUAUAAUUACUUGCUGGUUAAUUGUUUGCUUCUUCUGGUUUAUUGAAUAAACAAAACAAUUAAUCUAAAAGUUUGAUUUGAAAAUUGAGCACAUUAAAUCAUGGCCUAAGUUAAAAUAGAACCACUGUCCUGAAAUCAAUCUGAAGCAAACUUGUACACAUUUUCUAUAUUUUAAAUAACAAUUUACUGAAAUUUAAUUCAUUUGACUCCCUGUGGCCUUAUGCUUUAAAUGCCUUUGUGAACAGAUGCAGAACAAAUUGCCAUGCUGGAACCUCUAGGUGUGGCUCACAAUGCCAUUGACAGGUUACAUGUUCAGGGCCAAGAUAUACUCGUUAUAGGAUGUGGACCUGUUGGCCUUAUGGCCCAAGCUGUGGCUAAAGCUUUGGGUGCUAAAAGGUAGACCUUGUGUGUUUUGGGUGCUAAGAGGUAGCCAUUGUGUGCUUUGGGUGCCAAGAAGUAGCCAUUGUGUGCUGUAAUAUGUUUAGAUUGAUUAUUUUGUCCCUUAUUUUACAGGCCAAACUCAUUUGUUAGACAUAUCUUUUAUUUGUGUUCCAUUGUAAAGCAAAAAGAAUAAAGAGUAGCUUUCACUUUCUGAACAGUUUAUUGCAUGUCAUACUAUCUGUUUAUAGUACAUAACCAACAGGAAUGGAAAGGGGAAAUAAUUGGUAUCAAGUCUCAAAACCCAGUAUCAGUAUCAUCCUCUUGUCCAGAUCCAUUUUUUAAACUGAGAAUUAUGGAAAAUUAAUUUUUUAAAUGUGCUAAAUACAAGACGAGCACAAUGUAGCACCAGGUGUCACAAAACUUAUCUAUUUAUAUAAUCUAAUUCUGUUAUAUAUCAGUUUUUAAUGUCCAUUCUUGAUCAAGGCCCUUAAAGCCAUUUAUUUAAAUUAAAAAAAUAUUUCACCACAGUGAGUUUAAAAAUAAAUGUCAAAUUUUUUGCCACAUAAAUUCAAAUUCAAGGGUUUUCCUAAAACAUCCUGCAUGCAUUGCAGGAUAUUUUUAUUUGAAAAAAAAAAAAUAAUAAAUAUCCUGCAAUGCAUGCAUUUUGCCUGUUAAAAAAAACAUUUGCAAAGAAAAUUGGUAGUUAUUGAUUGUGAGAUACUCAAGAGUUCUUAUUUUGUCAGAGUUUCUCUGAGGUGAUGGAGUUUAAAAGUUACUGUAACUGCAACGAUAUGCUGGUGUAAUUAUAUCGGAUGUGUUACUUUCAGAGUGGUGGCUGUAGAUGUUGAGGACAGCAAACUUGAAUUAGCGAAAAAAAUUGGAGCUGAUGUUAUUGUUAACUCGAAGAGAACCGACCUGAAACAAGUAAACAUGUCUAACUUUAACUUUUGAAUGUGACUCUCUGUGCUCCCCCUUCCUUAUUUCCUCACUGUCCGCAGCUCCCAACUUGGGUGACCUCUCUCUUUGUGACCUCUCUCUUUGUGACCUCUUCAUGCCACUGAAUGUCUAAGAAAUAAGUAAAACAAAGUAUGGGAAAACCUGAAAAAAAUUAUGCAAGAAAACAAUGAAAGUGUUACCAAGAAUUCAAGAAUACUUCUUCAGUGAAAAAACAACAGUAAAAACAAUAUAAAAAUAAAAAUAAACUCUUCUGCAAUUUAGUAUACAAGAGGGCAGCAAGAGGAAUGUAACAGAACAUUAGUAGGUAAGAGAGUUCAUACAGGCAAAAGGGUACGGAAGAGCGACUAAGUAAGUCCACUGGGAUUGGUUGUAACAAGGAGGGGGGCACUGAAAAGUUUUAACUGGUGAGAAGAUGACAUUCAUGCCAUGUGGUCUCAAGGUCCCAUAAGUCUGAAUCAGUUUUUUCUCCAAUUUCACCCUCGCAGUUUGUGUUGGUACAAGACACAAGAGCCGUGAUAGCCAAAACCCUGGUCGCUUCUAUUUAAGAGUCUUGAGAGGGAUCACUGAAAGUGAAUAUCUAAUACAUUUCUUUCUGUAUGUUUAUGAAACCCUGCAAACUUCUUUUAUGAAACCCACUACUCUAUACAAAAACCCUGACCCUUUUUUUGAAUGUGAGCCUGCAGUUCAUGUUUCUCUGUUUGACAUGCUAUCUCUAUUUUUUGGUGGAUAUCUCUGUGUGUUUCCUUUCAUCCACGCCUUUCUCUUUCUUUUUCUUUCCCAUCAGCUCAUACUUUAUGCUCUGCAUCUCAUUGCUCAGUCUUUCCCAGUAAAAUCAGAAUUAUCAAGAACUCUUUAAAUAUAUUCUGAUCUGUAUUACAAGAAUUUUUUUUCAUGGAAUAUGUCAUUCAUCCAUAAUUCAACCAAUCAAACGAUUUGUUUACCACCAACAAUCUCUUUAACUUUAACAAAACAACAGACAGUUCAAAGUGAAAUAACAAUAUUAAGAAAAGAAACUAAGAACAAGUCAGAAAUGAAACAUUGACGAAGGACCACCUUCAUAUCUGUCGGUCAGCAAGAUAAUGAAGCAGUUCUGCAGAGACAUUGAAGGCAUCCUCACAUUACCUGAAAAUUGUUUUUGAAACUUCUUAGUUUUUGUAGGCUGAACUAGUUUGUCUAUCCCUCAGAGCCUGUAUGAAUUCCUCUUAAAAAGCUUUCAGAUGAGGAUAUCUAGACCAUAUCAGUUGUUAUAAAUUAGAUAUUAAUUAUUGUUUGGUGAAAGUGUUAGCAUGACAUUGACAUGAGUAUUCUUUUUCCAUUCAAACAUUUUCAGUUUGUAACUGAAUUCACAUCCGGAGUCGGCAUGGAUCGUGUCUGUGAAUGCAGUGGCAACAGUGCAAUGGUCAACGCCAGUUUUUCCUACCUACGAAAAGGCGGCUACAUCAGUCUUGUUGGCCUUCCUAAGCAACCUUUACAUGUAGAGAAUGUUCUGCAAGACAUAAGUAAGUCGAUCAGAAAGGAAAACAUUUUUCUUGCAAGCUAAGAACAUUUAUUGUGUAUCAUUUCAAAUCUUUCUAAAAGUCAAUCUUAAUUUGAGCCCUUGUCAUUGGAAAUAUAAUUAAAAAAACUCAAAAAUACCAACAAUUUUAAUUAAGAUUUUUAUAAGGCACUUGUAUCUUCCUCUUGUGAUAAAAUAGGCUGCUUUAAUACAGAAUUUAGUUAAGACCAUUUAAAAAUGACCUUUUUAAAGAGUAAGGUAAUUGAAGAUGGUGAUAAUUUAAUUCAAUAAUAGUGUGGUUUUUUUCAUCCACCGAUCAUAAAAUUUCCAAUCACAACAAUAAAAAAAAUUAUUUCUCCAUUCAUGGUUUGCCAUUGAUGAAUUUAUUUAAAAAAAUUUUAUGUACAAGUUUUCAAGGCUUUGACCCUGAAGACAGUCCACGGUCGUCUCAUCUUCCAUACAUGGGAACAGUCAGAGGCUCUUGUUGCUGAUGGCAAGAUCGACGUGAAGGCAGUCAUUUCUCACAGGUUUCCCAUGUCUCAGUUUGAAGAAGCUUUUAAAACUCUUUUCUCUGGUGAAGCCUGUAAAAUUGUCAUUGAUCCCUCCAAGUGAGCGUUGACAAGAAACAUCAUUUUGAAAUCAUAGGUAAUUUUAUUUAAAUUCUGCAAAUAUAAAUCCUCCCUUGUCAAUUUUGAUUACUUACAAGAAUCAAUUAUCAAUUUAAAGCAUCAUUUAUGUAUUUUUAAAAUAUUGUAAAAAAAAUUCCAAAUAGUAUCCAUUAAUCGAAAUUAGAGAAUUGUUUUUUUCUAAUUAUAUCUUAUGUCUUCUGGAGCUGGAGGUAUUUCUUAUAUUUUUUAAAGAAUAAAAUCUGUAUCAAAUGGUUUAUUUAUGACACUUGUUAGGAGGAGAGAAUUGAAUUCAUUUCCAACUAUGUUCCAAUAGUUUUGAAUCAAAAGAAACAAAGUGCUUGUUUUAUUUUCUACAUUGUCCCUAGGGUCAUUUGAUCGAUGUUUAUUUGUGACUGACUGAACUGAAUGCUGACCUAUUUGUACAUGGCCUUCAUUUGAUCGAUGUUUAUUUGUGACUGACUGAACUGAAUGCUGACCUAUUUGUACAUGGCCUUUCUUGAUUUUUUUUGUGUGGAUGGAUUUUUAACUUUUUAUGCAUUUAUAAUUUAUCUUUUUUAAAUGCACAAAAUGCUCAUAAAUUCAUCUUUACAAAAGAACUAUACUAUAAAUGAUAAAUAAAUAAAAUCAAGACAACAUUUGGGCACAACAUUUUGCCUUCAAUCAAUAGAUUACACUUGCAUAUCACAGAAACUACUGGGCUCAUACAGGGCCUUAUGGGUUUGAUUUCCAAAGUAAGGUUUUCCCAAUGUUUUAACUAUAAAACUAAACCUACCAUUUUAAGAAGCAUUAUGUUGCUAAGGAAACACAUGGUGUGUUUUUCAUUCAUCAUUUUGUUUUAAGGGGGAUAACUGAACAUGUCAAAGUAAGAUAACCCAAACACACCUUUAAAAAUACUCAAAUCAACUACUGAAAUGCUAGCUGAUAGAAUAAUGGAUCUAAAAAAUAAAAAAAAAGGUUUAAUACUUUGAACUAUCUCCCCUUUUGUACAAUUAUAAAUUCAAUAAUUGUGUGGUCAAUGGUCAAGGUUGGCUGGUGUCUACUAAUAGACUUUAAUUUACAUUGUUGUCAUUCCAAUCUUCUUGGCUUAAACAGUACUCAGUGCAUUUAUUGAGAAUUUAUUUCACAAUUUCAAAAUUUUCAUGAUUUGAUCUUUUAUAACCAGUAUUACCUAUAAUAAUCCUUGUACAUUACUGUCAUUUCCAGUGUUAAUGUGUUCAAAAGAUUUUGCAUUUAUUUACACACAUGUAUUUACAAUUAGAGAAUAAAGAUUUUGUUGAGAAGAAAUGAUCAUAAAAUGUUAAACAUUAUAUGUAUUGAAAAUUUAUAAAUUUUAUUU